AAAUUAGGUCCGACUGUGUGCUAAAUAUAGAAUGAAAAUAGGAGUAAUGUAUGCUGCCUUUUUAAUUUUAUUUUAUUCAACGAAAUAUUGAUCGAAUUCUACAGUGGUGUGUUACAGUCGCUGCCCCAUCUACCUCGCCUUCUCCAUUGAAUCCACUCCAAUUCCAUCACACCUCCUUGAUUUUGCCUCUUUCCUAUGCCGAUGUGAUGUGCACACCAAGAAAUGGGGCACCAGCAUAACAGCCACCACCACCACCACCCCACGGCCACCGAUGGCGGCGGCGGCGGCCUGUCGCAGCGCGUCAACAGCCCGAGAUUCUCCGGCCCGAUGACCCGCCGUGCCCACUCUUUCAAGCGAAACAACAGCAAUAGUAAUAGCAACAACAACAGCAAUAACGGCAAUAACAAUAAUAACAACUCCUCGCACAACACUCAGAGCAGCAGCAAUAACAGCGCCAGCCAUCAGCAUGAGGUCAUCGACCUCAAUCUCAACUCCCCCAGAUCUGAAUCACCGGUUUCCGGCGAGGGGGCGGAAUCGCUGCGCCCGGCCCACGUCAGCAGCGUGGCGCAGAGGGUGCAUUUGAGGAAGAAGAUUUCGUCUCUGAGCGUGGAUUUGGGAGGAUUUGGGCUCGAAUUGAAAGGCAAGAGGAAGUUGGGGCAGUGGAUGUUUCUCAUGUUUUGCGGGAUGUGUUUGUUUCUGGGUGUUUUCAAGAUUUGUGCGACGGGAUGGUUUGGAUCUGCCAUCGAUAGACUUGGAAACAAUCAGGACAUGUAUGACUCCACGACAACUCAUUUUAGUAAACAAGAUGAAGGCACUCACACAUUUAGAUACGUGGAUAAAGAAAAUGAUCAUGGGAGGAGAGAAGUUGAAGUCGAACGAACUGUAACAAUGAUGGCUUCAGGUGUAGUUGAUGGUCAUGAUAGAAUGGCUGAUCAUUUAGAGAUAUGGUCUGAUCCUGAUAGUGAGAAUUUUACUCGAUGCCUUGAUCGACCAAAAAGUCACAAAAAGCUGGAUUCCAGGACAAAUGGCUACCUCCUGAUAAAUGCAAAUGGCGGGCUAAACCAGAUGAGAUUUGGGAUCUGUGAUAUGGUUGCUGUUGCUAAAAUAUUGAAGGCCACGCUCGUCCUUCCAUCUCUUGAUCACUCUUCAUAUUGGGCUGAUGAGAGUGGUUUCAAAGAUCUAUUUGACUGGCAAUACUUCAUCGAGUCACUACAAGGUGAUGUCCAUGUAGUUGAUGCAUUGCCAUCUGAAUAUGCUGGAAUUGAGCCUUUCUCAAAAACUCCAAUAUCUUGGUCAAAGGUUAGCUACUAUAAAUUAGAUGUCCUUCCACUCUUGAAGCAGCAUAAAGUGAUAUACUUUACUCAUAGUGAUUCCCGGCUGGCCAACAAUGGAAUACCCCCUUCUAUCCAGAAGUUAAGAUGCCAUGUAAAUUACAGAGCACUAAAGUAUUCUGCUCCAAUUGAGGAUCUGGGGAAAAUUUUGGUAUCAAGAAUGCGACAAGAUGACAGUCCAUAUCUUGCACUCCAUCUGAGAUAUGAGAAGGACAUGCUGGCUUUUACAGGAUGCAGCCAUAAUUUGACCAGUGAAGAAGAUGAUGAACUCCGGCAAAUGAGGAAUGAGGUCAGCCAUUGGAAGGAGAAAGAUAUCGAUGGUGCCGAAAGAAGAAAGCUCGGUGGCUGCCCCUUGACUCCAAGGGAGACUGCGCUCUUGCUUAAAGCACUAGGCUUCCCAUCGAGCACCAGGAUCUACUUGGUGGCCGGUGAAGCUUUUGGCAAUGGAAGUAUGGAAUAUCUUAAUGAAAACUUCCCCAAUAUCUUUUCCCACUCGUCUCUCGCAACAGAGGAGGAGCUAAACCCAUUCAGGAAUCACCAGAACAUGUUGGCUGGUCUGGAUUAUGCCGUUGCUCUUGAGAGUGAUGUCUUCGUUUAUACUUAUGAUGGGAAUAUGGCAAAGGCGGUACAAGGUCACAGACGAUUUGAAGGUUUCAAGAAGACUAUUAAUCCAGACAGGAUGAAUUUCGUAAAACUGGUUGAUAAGUUGGAUGAGGGAAACAUUACUUGGAAGAAGUUCAAGUCCAAAGUGAAAAAGCUUCACGAGGAACGAACUGGCGGGCCGUAUAUGAGGGAGCCGGGCGAGUUCCCAAAGCUGGAAGAAAGUUUUUAUGCAAAUCCCCUCCCUGGCUGCAUCUGUGAGAGAAAAUCCUCGAGGUAGAAAAAGCUCGAAUGGGUCAAGUUUUUUGCUGCUCCAAAUGCCGGCUUUCUCCACGAGGGAAAUUCAAGGAAUCAAGAAUUGGACUGAAUCUCUAAUGGGGGCGCUGUCGACAACUUAAUAUACAAGAGACUGGGUUGCUGCAGGUUGGUCAACUAUUCUAAUUGAGUUUAUGGACCAAGAGCCAUAUAGAUGCAUUUAAUUGAUUGCAAACUUUCCACUGAUUUCUUACAAGCAAAAUCUCAAGUUGAACAAUUCUUACACCAUAUUUGUUGUAAUAUCAUGUGGGAAUAGGGAUCAAAUACUUAUGAUAUUAUAAAUUACACAAAUUGAGUAUAAUGUUAUUUUAGAUUAUACUA